AUGGCAUACUCUCCUCCUCCAUCUGGAUUGUACCAUUACUGGCCUGACCACCAGGCAGCUCAUUUCGCUGAACAGACUCGGCACCCCCUAUCUGUCAGGACCUCAUUCCCACCACUGCUCUUUGAGCAUCAACCCAGUGAACUUGAGUCCAGACUGGAGCUCCUGCAGAGCCAACUCAAUAGACUGGAGACCAGAAUGAUAGCAGACAUCAAUGUGAUCCUUCAGCUUCUCCAGCGACAGAUUGCUCCAGUGCCCCCAGCAUAUAGCACUGUAUUACCUGAGAACCACACUCCUGACCCUGCUAUUCUGUACGGAAGCAGCACCCCAGUACUUCACAGCAUGUACUCGAAUACCACUAUUCAGAGUUCAGCCCAGCCAGAUUCCAUAUUCAAGUCAAAUUCCCAGGGUUCUCUGUCCAGUGGUGUUCACAUGGGAGCUGCGUCAGACGAUUGUGUACCCGAUAAACUGGAAACGAAUGCUGCUUCAGCCCCAGCCCUUCAGCCCAUUUUGAUAGAUGCACCACGCCUCUGUUCGUCCCUCCACUUUCCCUCAUUGCCUGGCAACCUGGACACUUCAUCACACCUGGAAGAAAUUCCCAAACACAUGUCUGACCCUUCCUUACCGGUCAGCUAAAAUCACAACACACCAUCAAUCGGCUUAUCGUAACAGAAAAAUGAGAACACAGCAAGACACAAUCACAAUCAACCCUGCUGAUGUCACCAGCUUUAUUGUGUUGUGGAUGUUAGGAAGACCAUGCAAAUCAACCAUCUUGGUUAACCAUGUGUUGCUGCCCAUCAAUUAGGACAGCCUUAAACCAGCAUAAAAACUCAAGCUUUUCAGCAAACAAAGGCAGAUAACAAACAUUUAAAUACAAACACUACAGGACAAAAUCCUACAAAAGCCACAACAUAAGCAUCUCAAACCUCAAGAUGAAUGUCAGUGACCAUCAAUGACAUGUUCUACAUGCAGUGAGACUCAGGAAACAGUCAUAGUACAGUAGAUGAUAAUGUUUUAAAAUGAUACAGUAAACCUAACCAAAGAAUGCCUCUUUAUGUCUGGAGUAUUCUGUGCAUUUACUGUAAUUAAAACAAUGUUCAA